CAUUCAUGUGCGUGAUAAAUGCUUGGCGUGACCAUUUGCAUCACAAACGUGCCCUAUAUAAACUCUGCCACUCUGUCUGGACUUCACAUCGGGACCAGCUCCUGGACUGGGUGCCAAGUCAAGUUGAAUUCUACUCUACCUACCUGUGCUCCAAGAUGGGAAUCCCCAGAGGGAUGGUACUGCUUCUGCUCUUGCAGCUCAUUUCAAGAGCAUCUGGGUCAGUUGUUUCCAGCUGUGACGCGUGCCAUGAUGAUGCAACAUGCAAGGAGUCACAGGAAGGAGUCGACUCCUUCAGCAGAUUGUCAUGUGUCUGCAAAGAUGGCUUAGUGGGUGAUGGUGUCGCCUGUUACAACCCCUUCACCUGCAGCGACGGUUCAUGCUGUAGCCAAGGUUAUCAGUGGGCACCUGACAGCGGCUGUGUGGACGUUGACGAAUGCGCCCUCCCCCACCCGCCUUGCACGGCACCUUGGAUUUGCCAGAACACACCUGGCUCCUAUGAAUGCCUGACCCCCGCUUCACUCUCCAGAUCCGCCAUUUCUUCACCAUCAGUGCAGUUCCGUUGUGGAGACACUAUGUGCCCAGCAGGCAUGGACUGCGUUGGGAAUAACGAGACCAGCUGUGGCGACCCCUGUGACAGCUACACUGUCCUGAAUGAUGCGUGGCGUUCCACAAAAAAGGGAUUUGUACCAUCUGAUGUAAAGUGUGACAAAAAUGUGGAGUGGCAAGGCUGGUAUCGUCUGUUCCUGGGAGAAAACAGUGCACGUAUUCCCGAGGGAUGUGUUCAUGGAUUCAAAUGUGGAACCCAUAUUACCAUGACACUAAAUGAACCCCAUCCCACUCAGUCCAAUGGAAUUGUAAGUCGCUCGAUAUGCAAUACUUGGGGAAAUGAGUGCUGCAGUGUCCAAGCUUCAAUACGCAUCCACGUCAAGCAGUGCUCCAGAGCAGGUUCCAGCUAUUACGUCUACAGACUGGUCGGGCCUUCUGUGUGUCAUUACGCAUACUGUGCAGAGGUACAAGAAACAGAUUCUUUUACACCUGGACCGGAACAAACCUCAAUGGCGACAACCGCCGCCCUGGAAACGACUGGAGCUCCAACUCGUCCAAGAACAACAACUGGAGCUCCAACUCGUCCAAGAACAACGACUGGAGCUCCAACUCGUCCAAGAACAACCGCCGCCAUGGAAACGUCUGGAGCUCCAACUCCUCCAAGAACAACCAAGCAAACCAUGGACACGACCCAUCGCCACUCAACAACAACACCCCCCUCAGUAAACGAGGGCGAGGUCCGUCUUGCUAACGGAGGGAGCAGCUGUGCCGGAAGAGUGGAAAUCUUCCACCGUGGACAGUGGGGAACAGUGUGUGACGAUAUCUGGGACCUGAAGCAUGCUCAGGUGGUGUGUAGACAGUUGGGAUGUGGCAGGGCCCUGUCGGCCCCGCACAGUGCCCACUUUGGACCGGGCAGAGGACCCAUUUGGUUGGACAAUGUCCGAUGCACAGGCAACGAAUCGAAGCUCAGUGAGUGCGCGCACCAAGGGAUCGGAUCCCACAACUGUAACCACAAUGAGGAUGCCGGCGUGGUUUGUGAAGCGUCGGAUUCUUCACUCAGGCCAUCUCGCCUUAUUUGUGGCUCGGACAAAAUCCAAGUGGCCGUGAAUUCAGUUGUUACAACAAACGCUGGUUAUGACCCACUCACUGGCAACCUGGCGGUCCACAACUGUUCCUUGGUCAGGGUGCAAGGUGAUAUGGUGUGGUACGAAGCUGACACUCGGGCAAAUGCCUGUGGAAACAUCCUGACGACCAACAGCACACAUGCCGUCUACUCCAACAGCUUAUUCCUUUAUCCAGCAAGCAACACUUCCUUCUCUGUCCCUGUGGGUCUUCCUUUCUCAUGCGUCUAUCCCCUAAACGCAGACAGCAGACUGAACGUGGCCGUCAGACCAUUCCUGGUGACGGAAGGGGCUGUUGUCGGCUCAGGUGCCAAAGCUAGAGCCGCCAUGGUCCUGUUCCGGAACUCUGACUACACAGAUCCUUAUGGGGCAGGUGCGGUGGUCCUUCCAGUGGGCUCACCAUUAUAUGUGGGGGUCUCUGUGGACAAGACAGAUCCCAGUUUGGCAGUUGUCUUGGAGGACUGCUUCGCCUCUCACUCAUCCAACCCGAAUAAUCCUGAACGAUACUCCCUCAUCCAGAACAAAUGUCCCACUGACCGCCAACAAGUGUCUGUGGUUGAGAGCGGCUCAUCCCUCCGAGCUCGUUUCUCCGCCCUGUUCUUCCUUCUUCAGGGAGAAUACCGAGAUGUUUACCUCCACUGCGGCCUCAGCCUGUGUGACCGCAGGAGGUACUCUUGCAUUCCGUCCUGCUCAAGGAGAGCACAACGCUCCGUGUCAAAGUCUACUCCAAUCAUGCCACUCACCAUCGGACCAAUCACUUGGAAGUAUGUCUCUCAGGAAGGCAGUGGUUUUUAAACCUUUCUGAGGUUUAAACCUUUCCUAAGUUGUCAUCCCCCCAACCUCACACGGCUGUUAACCUUUACAACAACAUAAAAAGUGUGACAAAAUGUCAUUUUUAAAUAAAUGACCCAAAUAAAGAAAAACAUAACUUUCAUGUCAUCUUUAUUGAUCUGAGCCACGGAUCGAUUAUGUGUGGACAAAAUGUAAAUAACAACAAAUGUCUUCCAGUAAUUCAGUAAUAUCCAGUAAACAUCCAGUAAUAAUGUACAUAACAUUAGUAUUACUUUCGCUAAUUAAUGGUAUCAAAGUUGAUGGAUGAUUAA